UGGUAAACUAAAUAAAAUUAAAGAUAGCAAAGUGUUUGUUUGAAGAAGUCAGAUUUGAUAUCUGUUACAAUACAUAUUCUAGAAUUCUUUUUCCUAAGAAAUCUACCAGAUCGUCUCUGGUCUUCAAAAUUGGAACACAUAUUCUUCUGGUAAUUCUUCCAAAUACUCGAAAAGUGUUUAAAAGGUUUUUCUCAAAAUGGGUGAUAAUAACAAUGAAGAUAUCUGUAUGAUAUGUUUGGAAAUUAAAACAAAUCCAAAGACGUUGAGAUGCAAGCAUUCGUUUUGUCAUGGAUGCAUUACACAACUAACAAUGCAUUCGAGGUUCUACUUGCAUGGCCCAAAGUGUCCACUCUGUAGAUCCACAUUAGAGGAUAAGCCUCAACAAUCUGCUGCUGGAGGAUCGAACAGACACUCAGGCCUCUUAACUAACUUAAGAGAAGUAAAUGCAAGAGUAAGGAAUAGUGAAAUUUGUGUAGAACGAGCGAUCAGAGAACUACGUCGUGUCUGGUAUGACUUAAGUAGUGACAGUGAUGAAGAUGAUAUAAAUACUAAAAUGCCACGAUGUAGAUCUGUUGAUGUAACUACACAUGCAACAAGUCAUGGAAGAUCAUGCUCAACAGCACAACUUCAAAAUAUUCAACAGGAAAGAGAGAUCGAUUCGAGUAUAAACAAUGACUCCACAUCUGCUAAUCAGCUUGAAGAUCUGAAUAAUUUGGUUGAAAAUGUGCAUAUAGGUGAUGAUGCUAUAAAAACCACUGGAAAUGUUACUGAAACCUCAGAUGAGCUGCUUAAACAGAUUGUCCAAGGUAUAACAGCACAAGGAACCAGUCACAGGGGAUCACUUUCAACACCACAACUUAAUAAUGAUGAGCAGCAAUCAGAGAUUGGCAUGAGUUUUAAUAGUGGUAACCAUAUAAUUGAUGGCACCAUAGAUAGCACUGCUUAUACUAUCAGAGGUUCAGAUGUGGCACAUGAUUUUCAAUCAAUUGACAACGAAAAUUUUCACUUAAACAAUGAUACCUUAAAUAGUGUAGAGCCUGAAGUAGAAUUUAUUACUGAUGUUAGUGCAAAUGAGGAACUCGAUGAAGUUCAAGUUGUUAAUGCAAAUGGAGAACUCGAUGAAGUUCAAGUUGUUAAUGCAAAUGCAGUGCUCGAAGUAGAAUUUAUUACUGAUGUUAAUGCCGAUGGGGAACUCGAUGAAGUUCAAGUUGUUAAUGCAAAUGGGGAACUCGAUGAAGUUCAAGUCGUUAAUGCAUAUGAGGAACUUAAUGAAACUAGUUCAACUAACAAUGAAGAGAAGAUUUAAAAAAAUUUUACUAAGAAUUUAUUUUAAUACAAAUUUUUGAUUCUCUCUACCCCAAUUUCAAAAUUUUCAAACCAUUCAAAAACCUUUUAUUUCAAUAUGAUGAAAAUUAUAGGGUUUUACUAAUUUAAGCCCCAUAAUUCCAAUAUUACUGUACCAACUUUAUUUGGAACAAAAAUUCAAAAAAUGUAAUUCAACAAAAGUUUUUGCAAAUAACUAUAUUUUUUUCACAAAGAAUUUUAUUGGACUGAAGAAUGAACGAAAGGACUUUCAUCAGGUUAAAUAAAAUUUGAAUUCAAUGAGAUGAGAACGAAUUUAAAUUCUUAGCGUCCAAAUCAAAAAAUUGCAGUGUGUUUAUCUUUUAUUGUAACA